UUUCGUCAUUUUCUGCGUUUAUGUUUUUGGUACUUGAAUUUUGUGGCCAAAAUGAUUAGAAAUGAUCGUAAUCGAUCGAAGGAUUCCCGUUUCUUUAUUAAAUUGUACAAACGUUUUCUUAAAAAUGACCAAGGACGAUCAAAAAUUUUGAAUGUAGCUAGAGUAGAUCGUCCGAAAUUUGUUGAAUUGACCUUUAUCGGUUCGGGUUCAUAUGCUGAUGUGUUUCGCUCCAAAGCAAAUGGUAAUUUUGUUUUAAAAAUGAUACGUUUAUUACCGGAAGAAUUAUUGAAACGAAUUCAAUCGUCAGCUGUUUCACGACAUACAAGCUACUUUGAUGCAUAUCAAGAAUGUAGAAUUUCUGAUGCGUUAUCACGUUUACAGAAUUUAAUUAUCAAAAAUCGUUUUUACCGUUGCUCGAUAUUUCCUAAAAUAUUUUCCAAAUUCAUAUCCAAAGAUAUUUUUUUAAAACAUAUAGAAAGUUAUCAAUCUUUUUCCGAAAUUGAAUGUCAAUACUCCAUUGAUCCAUUCGAACAUUUUGGAUUGAAUGUCUCCAGAGAGAAUCUGUUGAUGGUCAUGGAAGAUUGUGGUCAAUUAAUGAUCGAUAUAAUUGAUGAUCUACAUCCGUAUGCAUUUUUAUCGAUAUUAAAACAAAUCAUCGUAGGUUUAAUGAUUGCAGAACAAGUUUUUGAAUUUGAACAUCGUGAUCUACAUUCGGGAAAUAUUUUAUUGCAGCCAUUUCAUCAGCAUUCGAUUCAAUUUACUUAUGAUAAUAAAGUAAUAACGAUUCCUAGCUACGGCUUUUUAGUAAAGAUUAUUGAUACAACCUUUUCUCGUCUAAAAUACGACAACAUAAUUUACUUCAAAGAUAUGACGUAUUUGUUUGAAAAUUUUGAAGAUAAAAAAUGUCGCCGUAAUAACGAAAAAUGUCCGAUGCGUAUGCAGGAUAGGAUUUAUGAUCAAAUGUCACAAGUUAUUCAAAAUGAAUGGCAAAAAUUUCAUCCGAAAACGAAUUGUAUUUGGAUAAAGUAUGUUAUUUAUAAGAUGCGAAAAUCAUUAUCAAUUCGUUUACAACAGCAAUCACCGAAUGUUCGUAACAAAAAUACCUGUUCAUCAAUAUCAUCAUUGACAUAUGCAAAUCGUGUUUAUCGUCUAUUAGAACAUUUUAAUAAAUUAAUGGAUGAAUGUUCAACUUUACUUGAAUGUUUUCAAACCAUCAUCAAUGAUCAAUCUGGACUCAAUGAUUUUGUUCGAAUAAGUUUUUUCAACAAUAAGGAUAUUGGUGGUGGUACUGGUAAUUCCAGAUCAAAACAACAUAUACGUGCAUUUCAAUAUGGAUGAAAAUAGCAUCGUGUUUCGAAAUCCAUAAUGUUCAAAUGCAAAUCAAAAAAAAAAUUAUUUA